CACGCAUCUAUCGUGCUCUCACCUCUUCCACCAUCGCCUCCCUCGCUCUUAGACUAAUCCUGCCGGGCGGUUGCUUCACUUUCGCACGCGCCUCAUCACCGUUACAGCGCGUCUCUUGCGCCCGUUCAUUCGGUUCCGCUAGAGCUUCUGCGUUCGCGCCGAACAAAGCUGAUUCAACCGUUCUGUCCUUACGAUACCCGCGACACCAACGCGUUCACAUCGAUUACACAAUGUCCUCCUCAGACGACACGCCUCUUGUGAAGGCGAACAAUGGAGCAAUCUCCAACGAAACCAUCUCCAAAGUCGUCGAUAAAGCCAUGGACAAGCAGGUCCCAGCCAACGGCCAUGUCGAGCCCGGCAUCUCGAUACGAAUGGGCCCAGUGGACGAUAUGGACGUCGAUGCGCCUAACGGCACUGCGAAUGGAAAGCGGAAGUCUCGCGGCAGCAUCCCAACCGCCAAUUACAAGGAACAAAGCGGCUCAGACGAUGACGAUGACAAGCCACUGAGUAAGCGGCGCAGAACAUCUCAGCAAGCAAAGCCUGCGCGAGACGACUCAGAUUCCGAACUCAGCGACGUACCACUCAAGGCUCGGGCACUUCCUAAGGCUUCUGCGGAGCAGAUUGGGGAAGACUCUGACUCUGACGUACCAUUGACCACGAAGUUGGUCAAGAAGAAGGAAUCCAUCGAGAAGGCCGCUGCGAAGGAAGCCAAGGCCAUUCGUACAAAAGAGAAGGCAGCACCGAAACGUAAACCUAAGGUUGAGAGCGAAUCCGACGAUGACAUUCCCCUUGCGAAGAAGAAGGCACCAGCAAAGAAAGCCAAUGGCGUUAAGAAGGAAGAGUCGGAUUCUGAUGCUCCACUUGCAAAGAAGCCGGCGGCGAAGAAGGCUAAGGCCAAGCCGGCGGCAGCUCCUGCGAAGAAGGGCAAGGCCAAGGUCAAGUCUGAAGAAGAAAAGCAGCAAGACCAGGAUGCCGAAAACGAAGAAGAGGAAUACCGCUGGUGGGAGGACACAGCGAAGGGCGAUGGCACCAAGAAGUGGGACACUUUGGAACAUAACGGUGUUGUUUUCCCACCCGAAUACGAACCUCUGCCGAAAAACGUCAAGCUGGUGUACGAUGGAGUCCCAGUCUCUCUGCACCCGGAGGCCGAGGAGGUUGCUGGCUUCUAUGGAGGCAUGCUCAACUCUACCCACAACGUCGAGAACCCCACUUUCAAUAAGAAUUUCUUUGAGGACUUUGUCGCCGUCCUCGACAAGACAGGGCAUGGCAAGGACAAGGAUGGCAAGACAGUCAAGAUCAAAAAGUUCGAGAAAUGCGACUUCAAGCCUAUCUUCGAACACUUCGACGCCGAGCGCGCGAGAAAGAAGGCUCUUCCAGCAGCAGAGAAAAAAGCUCUGAAAGCUGAGAAGGAUGAGAUUGAGGCGCCAUUCAUGUACUGUAUGUGGGACGGACGAAAGCAAAAAGUUGGAAACUUCCGAGUCGAACCGCCAAGUCUCUUCCGUGGUCGUGGCGAGCAUCCAAAGACUGGUCGCGUCAAGAAGCGUGUGUUGCCCGAACAGAUCAUCAUCAAUAUUGGCGAGAAUGCAAAGGUACCAGCGCCACCCGCAGGCCACAAAUGGAAGGAGGUCAAGCACGACCACGAAGGCACAUGGCUCGCUAUGUGGCAAGAGAAUAUCAACGGUGCUUACAAGUACGUUAUGCUGGCUGCGAACUCGGACAUCAAGGGUCAGAGUGACUUCAAGAAGUUCGAGAAGGCUCGCGAGUUGAAGAAGCAUAUCGAUCGCAUCCGAACAGACUACAAGAGGGAGCUCAAGUCUGAGAAGAUGGUUGACCGUCAACGAGCCACUGCCAUCUACUUAAUCGAUCAAUUCGCGCUCCGUGCGGGUAACGAGAAGGGCGAAGAUGAGGCAGACACAGUCGGUUGCUGCUCGUUGAAGUUCCAGCACGUGACACUGAAGCCGCCAAAUACUGUCAUCUUCGACUUCUUGGGUAAAGACAGUAUCCGUUUCUACGACGAAGUGGAAGUCGAUACACAGGUGUUCAAGAACUUGAAGAUCUUCAAGAAGGAGCCAAAGACCACGGGCGACGACAUCUUCGACCGACUGACCACUUCAGCUCUGAACAAGCACUUGACUAGCUACAUGCAAGGUCUUACCGCCAAGGUCUUCCGUACUUACAACGCCUCGUACACUAUGGCUAGGCUUCUCAAGGAGAUGAAGGCCACAGGUACUAUUCAGGAGAAGGUCAAGGCAUACAACGACGCCAACCGUGAGGUCGCCAUUCUGUGUAAUCACAAGCGUACCGUCGCUGCCGGACACGCUGGCUCCAUCGAAAAGAUGCAAGAUAGAAUCAAUGGUCUUCGAUACCAGCUAUGGAGAACAAAGAUGAUGAUGAUCGACGUCGACCCCAAGAUCAAGAAGAAGAAGGGCGCUGAGUACUUCGAGCGACCAGAAGACCUCGACUCUGAGUGGGUGAAGGCACACCAGGAAGCUGAAGUCGAAGAGCUGCGCCAGAAGAUCACCAAGAAGUUCGAGAAGGACAACGAGAAGCUGGCAGCAGAAGGCGAGAAGGAGAUGAAGCCCAAAGAGCUGGAAGAGCGUCUCGAGAAGGCGGAUGAGCUUGCAGCCAAGUACAAGAAGGAGAACAAGACUGGCAAGGUAGAGGCCGAGGGCAAGGGGCCAUCGAUCGACAAGCUCGAGACAGGUGUCGACAAGCUGAACCAGCGCAUUGAAAACAUGAAGAUUCAGAUGGAGGACAAGGAGGGCAACAAGGAGGUUGCCCUGGGCACAUCCAAGAUCAACUACAUCGACCCUCGUCUUACCGUGGUCUUCUCCAAGAAGUUCGAUGUCCCCAUCGAGCGCUUCUUUUCCAAAACACUUCGCGAGAAGUUUGACUGGGCUAUCAAGUCCGUCGAUGAAGAUUGGGAGUUUUAGACACACAGCACGUCUUCGGACAUCUUCAUAGGGCUACCGUCGGGGCGCGGAAAAGCACGGUGGCUAUGUACAACUUCUGUAUGGUUCUUCAGCUGCAUUCAGCUUAUGCAUUGCUUUCACUCAGCGAGCUUUCGGUCUCCUCGCUACAUAGCGCAGACUUACUGCGCACCAUAUCUUCAUGAUAGACAUCGAU